UCAGUCCUUAACGACGGCCAGUGGCAUGCGGUACGUCUGGUUGCUAAGGAGAACUCGGUCAUGUUGACGAUCGAUGGUGACGAGGCGUCAGCGGUCCGAACCACCACACCUAUCACCAUCAGGACCGGAGGAACAUAUCAUCUGGGAGGUGAGGGAGGGGAUGUGUGUGCAAGUAUGGAAGAACACUCCAUCAGAGGACAUGUUCUGCAUUCUUUUACUGUCCUUAGAAAAUAAUUGAACCAACCACGUCAUCAUGUGCUUGAACCAGACCGUGAGAUGUCUAUGAUGCUAUACAUGACAUAUUGAACUCAGGCAGAAAAGUUCAGGACAUCUGCUGGGAUUAUUGGAGGAAAAUAAGUUUCUGCAGGACUCUGCUCUAGUCCUGGGGGGUAGAUGUUAGGAUGGGACUCUGCUCUAGUCCUGGGGGGUGGAUGUUAGGAUGGGACUCUGCUCUAGUCCUGGGGGGUGGAUGUUAGGAUGGGACUCUGCUCUAGUCCUGGGGGGUGGAUGUUAGGAUGGGACUCUGCUCUGGUCCUGGGGGGUGGAUGUUAGGAUGGGACUCUGCUCUAGUCCUGGGGGGUGGAUGAUAGGAUGGGACUCUGCUCUAGUCCUGGGGGGUGGAUGUUAGGAUGGGACUCUGCUCUAGUCCUGGGGGGUGGAUGUUAGGAUGGGACUCUGCUCUGGUCCUGGGGGGUGGAUGAUAUGAUGGGACUCUGCUCUAGUCCUGGCAGGUGGAUGUUAGGAUGGGACUCUGCUCUAGUCCUGGGGGGUGGAUGUUAGGGUGGGACUCUGCUCUAGUCCUGGAGGGUGGAUGUCUGCUCUGAUACUGCUGCAGGUAAUCGAGGAUUCUGAUAGCAGGCUGAUGGAGACCACUGGGAACAUAGAACUAGAACCAGUAUCCGUACCAGUACCAGUGAGACUGCCACUCUCUCUCUAUCUUCCUUUCUAGCUUUCUCUUUAUGUAUUCUCUCUCUCUCUUUCUCUCUUUCUUUUUCUCUGUCACUCCUCUCUCUUUGUCACUCUUUCUCUGUCUGUCUGUCUGUCUGUCUGUCUGUCUGUCUGUCUGUCUGUCUGUCUGUCUGUCUGUGUCUCUCUCUCUCUCUCUCUCUCUCUCUCUCUCUCUCUCUCUCUCUCUCUCUCUCUCUCUCUCUCUCUCUCUCUCUCUCUCUCUCUCUCUCUCUCUCUCUCUCUCUCUCUCUCUCUCUCUCUCUCUCUCUCUCUCUCUGGUAGGCAGUAGGCAGGUGUGCAGACAGUUGAGACAGAUGGUGGUGGUGACUUGAGAAACUUUUGGAAGAAAUCCCAAACACAAAAUGUGUGCUGAAAACACACAAGCACACUCACACUCACACUCACACACACUCACACACACACACACUCUCACACACACACACUCUCACACACACUCUCUAUCUUCACACAAACACAACACACAACACACGCCACACACACACACACACACACACACACUCCUAGACAGGUUGGCCUCAAUAAUAAGUCUGUAGUGCGAUGGCCUUGAGGUUGAUUGACAUCCUGCCAUGUCUGACAGACUUUUACACUUUAAUGAUGGAGAUGUCAUUGUGCCUCUGUGUUUUAUAGCUCUACCGUUAGAAAAACCCCUCUUAUCCCCCGAGGGAUUUAUCCGUGAGGAGGAGGAGAGAGAGCUUAUUCUCUAGCUAUCUCUCUCUCUCUCUUUCUGCUUGCUCUCUCUCGAUCGAGCGCUCUAUCUCUCUCUCUCUCUCUCUCUCUCUCUCUCUCUCUCUCUCUCUCUCUCUCUCUCUCAGGGUACUUCCUGCCUACCUUAGCCCCUCCCACCCAGAAGUCGUUCCAGGGCUGCAUGCAGGCAAUUCUAUUGGACGAUCAGCCGGCGGAUAUGCAUGCCGUGGAGAAAGGCAUUGUGGGAGCAUUUGAGAACGUCAGCUUAGACAUGUGUGCCAUUAUAGACAGGUAA